UCUGAAAUCCUCGUACCACCUGCUCUGUUCCUGUUGGAUUUUUCGCACAUAUUUCUCCUUUAAUCUGACCUCAAACGGCCCCGGUGCACAAAUAAAAGCCCCCAAACAGUGUCUCAAAUGGGAUUCCAGCUCUGAUUUUAAGGCUUAUCCGUCACUUUGUGCUUCAUUUGAGUUUACAAGCAGUUAAAUCUGUGUAAUGUGGACGCAGAUCAUAUUCAGUAGAUGACAUACCGCCGUGCGCCGGGGGCGGGGCGGCGGCGGAGUGGAUGAGAACAACACAUGGGCAUCAUUAGGAGCGGGCGCGCACCAGGGUGAAGGCAGGAGCGUCUGCGUCUGGACGGAACCCAAAUCCAGGCUGGAAACUACACACACACGCACACACAGGAGAUAGGAGAUGCGCGGUGCGACUCUGAUCCCAAACGGACAUGAGUGUUUUCAUCCAAAGAAGUUAGAUUCGGUCGGAGCGCACGGUGGAUACGCGCGCAUCUGUGUCAUGUCAGAUGCGUAAAGUGGUCUCACAUGGACCCUCCUGUCAUUAUCCGGCUCAGUGUGAAUUCAUGCCAAGACUCGGCCGCACGGGGAUAUUACCAACGCGCGCACAGCCAGGAUGGAUGCGUUUAAUGCCAGCGGAAUGGACGCGUUCACGGUCAUCCAUCUCAACUCGUCCUCCUGGAGCCUGGACAGUGGAUAUUCGUUAGCGGCGAUAGCUGGCAUCGCCGCUCUUGUAAGUUUCCUCAUUCUGUUUACAGUUGUUGGAAAUAUUCUGGUGGUUAUAGCGGUGUUAACGAGCCGCGCACUCAAAGCCCCCCAGAACCUGUUCCUGGUGUCCUUGGCCACCGCGGACAUCCUGGUCGCCACUUUGGUGAUGCCGUUUUCCCUGGCGAACGAACUCAUGGGCUACUGGUAUUUUGGGAAAGUUUGGUGCGGUAUUUAUCUGGCUCUGGAUGUUUUAUUCUGUACUUCGUCUAUUGUGCAUCUGUGCGCAAUAAGCCUGGACCGAUACUGGUCCGUUACGCAGGCGGUCGAGUACAACCUGAAGCGGACUCCCAAACGCGUCAAGUGCAUCAUCCUGAUCGUGUGGCUCAUCUCUGCCUUCAUCUCAUCCCCUCCUCUCAUAUCUAUCGACAGCAACAACGACACGAGCUCGCAGCCUCAGUGUGAGCUCAAUGAUGACACCUGGUACAUCCUCUCCUCCAGCAUCGCCUCCUUUUUCGCCCCGUGUUUAAUCAUGAUCCUGGUCUACAUCCGGAUAUACCAGGUGGCCAAAACCAGAACCAGGAGCCUGUCUGAGAAGAAGCCCAGGCCGGAUGGUGUCACGCAAACUGAGAACGGACUGAGCAAAGGCACCCCCCCUUUCCACAGCGAGAGGGAGAACGGCCACUGCCAGUGUCCGCCCACGCCCAGCCAGCGCACCGGCACCGUGGGCCAGGCCACCGAGGACGCGGAUCUGGAGGAGAGCUCGUCCUCAGAGGGCAAGGGUCAGCACCAGCCGCAUCCUCAGCAGCAACACUCGGAGGACACCAAGAGAACCAAGAGCCAGAAGAAGAACUCCCUCUCCAAACACUCUGCGCGCAUCUCCAGAGUCAGUAACAAAUCCAUAGACCUGUUCGCCUCCAGGAGGAAGCGCCGCAGGAGCUCCUUGGCCAGGAAGAAGGUCUCCCAGGCCAGGGAGAAGAGGUUCACCUUCGUCCUGGCGGUGGUCAUGGGGGUGUUCGUGGUGUGCUGGUUCCCCUUCUUCUUCAGUUACAGUCUGUACGGUGUGUGUCGGGACUCGUGUAAGAUCCCAGACCCGCUCUUUAAGUUCUUCUUUUGGAUUGGCUACUGCAACAGCUCCCUGAACCCUGCCAUCUACACCAUCUUCAACCGGGACUUCCGGCACGCCUUUCAGAAGAUCCUCUGCAAGUCGUGGAAGAAGUCCCUUUAAGUGUGACUCAGACUUUCUGACAAUCUGACCCAGAAAUGUCCAAGUCCAAGCCAGACCCUGUUGAAUCUUUGUCCUGUUGUAGUCCAGUCAAAGCAGUGCGCACCUUAAACCACCUGCCGAGGAGCUUGAGCAUCAACUCCACCUCAUUUACAGCCUUCUAGUCUCAACCUGCACCACAGUUCUAGUGUUGAAAUGAUUUAUUGCAUUUUAUCACUCAUGGAGGUCCAGAAGAUGCUGUAAUGUGGUUCUGAUGUGGCUUCUUUUACCUCCUUACAUGUGCAUUAUGUACCAGUUUGUAUUUUAACAUGUGAUUUAACA